CCAGCCCCUUAUCCAUCUUCUCUCUCAAACAAAAGGCGAAAUUCCGCCAUCCCUUUCGUUCUUGUGUCCUCUACUGCUUUCCACGACCCAAUCUCGCAAUCUUUGACUGUCAUUCGACUCUCAGCCCCACCAUGGGAAGAACCGCUGUGCCCGCUCCUGCUGCGAGCUAUCGGGACGAUCCGGACGCUGUAUCAAUGCAUACAACACCCGAAGACUACACUUAUGACGACGCGCCCGAAAUCUCAGGUCUGCCUCCUUCAUAUGCCGACAGCGAGAGCAGCCCCGCUGCUCCUAUCCUCAGACACAUCCCGCCUCCUUCCAACCGAAGGAAUCACAACAAUGUUCUGGUCAUGUCCGGUGGCAAAGUUCAAGUAUGCGAGACACAGACGUUGAUGGAUGCUCGCUAUGAUACCGACCCCGAGUAUCUGGAAGAAGGCAUACGCUCUUUCUCGCAGCAGGCUCCGAUUCCGUUUGUGUAUAUAAUGGGAACGCACAAAGAGACUACCCGGCGAGGGGAUAAAAAAGAGACGAAGGAGGUCACAGAUUUCAGGAUUGUCAUGAGCAUGCAAUCAUAUCUGAGGAAUAAUUUUGACGAGCGUGACACAAGUUCGAUGAGCCUCCAAACCGUAGAGAACGGAGAAAAGGUACAUCGAGGCACCUUCAUGAAGAAGAGGGCUCCCGGUUUCAAGCGUGACCUCGAAAUUGGUAUUCCUAAGCCUGAGCUCAAGGAGUGGUGUCAUCGAUACUGCGCGUCACCUUCCAUGCUGAGGAUCUUCCGUCUUCGUCGCGAAAUCACGGGAUUCGAUGAGACCUUUUUGAAAAGCCGUCUUGAAGGCUUGAUUCGUAGCACAAACUAUCGUGGACAUAUCAAAAUAUCCUUUCCGAUCGAAGACAAGAACGUCGACAUAUACACCACUAACCGCAUCAACGAAUGGAGGUUGAAAAAGUGGAUCUGCUGGAUCUUCUAUCUCACAUUCCUUUGGAUCUUCACAUGGCCAUACCUCUUCUUCGCCACUAAACGCUACGCCAUCGUCAAAGCUGAAUGGCCUUUCUCAAAGACCGAUGAAUACGGCAACAAGAAAUACACGACGAUAAGCGAGGAGCAAUGGUUUGAGAAAUGGCAUGUUGGUAUUAGGCGAUUGGCACUGGACCGAUUCGACGGUGAAACCUCUGAGCAACAGCUUGCAGGUGUUAUUGCACGUCCUGAAGACCCUCCAAUGCCCGGAAACAUCCGCACUGGACAUACAGGUGUCGAUAACGCUGUUGGCCUCCUCACGCAAGGCUUUCAGGUAGCCAGCGCUAUCUCUCGCGGCGACAAUCUGUCGCGAGGUCUCCAGGGUGGGUGGGGAUACGACAACUGAACCACGAUGUUUGGAGUCUGUAAUUCCAAUGUGUGAAUAUUUCCGUUUAAGGGUCUGGUUUCUCAUGUGCUCCUUUUGGUCCAUUGCUUGUCUCAUACCACACCUUUCAUAGCCGAGCUUUCUUACCUUUAGUUGUUUGUUUGCUUAUAAUGUCCUUACGAAAUUGAUCUUAAAGUACUGUGGGAGUUUUGAGGAGACCAGGAGUACUAGAAACACUAUCUCAGAAACCACUCCUUGGAUGAGUCUCAAGAAUCGCAUCUAAUUGAUGGCAAAGGAUUUCAGUCUAGUUAAUCCGUAUUGAAAUGCAAUAUAUGCAUCCAUCC